AUGGAAACUAUAGGUAUUUUGGACAAAUUAAGAUCGUGGGUAGUCAAGCAUAAUGUUUCACAUAGAUGUGUUAAUAGUUUAUUGCUUAUUCUAAAAACUGAAGGGUUGUGUGUUCCAACUGAUGUAAGAACAUUAAUGAAAACCCCUAAAGUACAUGAAAUACAAAAUAUAUCUAAUGGUUCUUAUAUUCACUUUGGAGUAGAAAACAUGUUAUUGCCAAUUCUUGAAAAACAUAAUGCUCAAAUAAAUAUAUCUGACCAUAUUUUAAAAAUAGGUAUAAAUAUUGAUGGACUUCCAAUAGCUAAAAGUUCUAAAUCUCAAGUCUGGCCUAUACUUCUAUCAAUAUUAAAUUUUAAAGAACUGCCUAACAAAGUUUUUCCUAUAGGGAUUUAUCACGGAUCCAAAAAACCUCUAUCUAUUGAAGAAUUCCUCAAGCCUUUUAUAUCAGACUUAAUGGUUGUAUUAUCUCAGGGUUUAUUAAUUAAAGGAACUAAAUUAAAAGUUGAAAUUAGUAAUAUUGUGUGUGACGCGCCAGCAAAAGCCUUUUUAUUAAAUGUUAAAGGCCAUAAUGCCUAUUUUGGAUGUACAAGUUGUACAGAAGAAGGAACAUACUUAAAACAUCGUGUAGUUUUUUUAGGGUUAGACUCACCAUUGCGCUCUGAUAAUACAUUUAGAAUGAAUCAUGAUGAAGAUUACCAUAAAGGUGACUCUCCUUUAAAGUUAUUACCAAUAAACAUAACUGAGACUGUAUGCUUGGAUUAUAUGCAUUGUGUAUGCCUAGGUGUUGUCAAGCGGUUGAUUGAAUUUUGGAAUUUUGUCGAUUACCCAGAUCUCUUGAUGAUAUUCAUUUUUGGAAAGCCACUGAAUUGA